UGCAGAUGCUCCGGAGGUGGAGAUAGGCGUCUGAUGAAUUCAAUAUCGUCCCCAUCUUUCCAGAUCGGGCAUGGUGCCAAUUUUAGGACCGACGGGGCCCGCACCAGGAUCGGCGGUCCGUGGGCAUAUGCCAUUUGCCUCAUGCACCGCAUGCAUCUCUUCAGAAAUCACGAGCUCGAAUCGCACCUCGUAUUCGACGGGAGCCGCCGCUAGCGAAGAAGGAUACCGAGGUGGAUUUACACAAGUGCAGGCAGAGGAUCUCCCGCUGGGCAAUGCUUUGACAAAGCAAGGUGGAGCGUCACAGGCGCAGCACCACUACGUCAAGUUCAUUCGACGGAGCUCCUCGGAUCGCGUGCGAAGUCAUCGAACUGUGUCCCAUAUUAUCAGGGCAAAAUAGGGCGGCUUCGAGCCUCAAAUCCUUUUGCGUAGAGUCAGUGGAGUACCUCUUGGCACCCUAGGCGGCUAUCGCACAAUUGGCAUUCUUCGAGCACGUGGGCUUUGGCGAUGGGAUAAUCUCAGAAGACUCAGAUAUUUGUAUGCAUCGAUUGCACGAACUUCGCUG